AUGAGGACACGAGCUAACGACCAUCGACGUCAGGUUGCUAGUCCGGCCUUUACCCCGGACUCGCAGCCUAGUGAUUUAUUGCAGGAGGCGCUGAGGAGCGGGGGUGGUAGCAACCUAGAUGAUUAUGUGGAUGCGAAACUCUAUGUGAGCUCCACCGAGGACUCUCAACGAUGGUAUCAGCUUUUAGGAGACUACCUCCACGACCAGACCCCGAGAGGUUACAUCUGGCAGAGAGACCCCCCACAAGUGGACGUGUUGGAUGCCUCGAGGGUCUCAUCUCCCUACCUAGUGUAUGGUAUCCAUCUGCGCUAUGGGGAUGCUCUGCAUGAUGAAUGGCUGCUCAUCAGCUUGCUGGUUUCACUGACUAGGAAGUACUCCGAGGUUGCCUGUGAGGUGUCCGAUGUCGAUGGAGAUCCUCUACUAAUAGAGGCAGCACCUGCGUUGCCUAAGUGGCUGAGUCCUGAAAAUGCAGGACACAGAGUUUGGAUUCACCAAGGGAUGCUCCACAUCUGCCCGAAGGCUCCUUCCGAGCAGCCCCCAGAUAUCAAGCCAUUGGCAGUAGAGGCAGCAGUGGACAUGGUCCUCGAUGAUGACUGUGAGACUAUUGCCUCCCCUAGUGUGCAGAGAUGUAUUAUCAACAAGCUGAAGUCGAAGCCGUGGAGCAUCGACCUUAUGCAUGUCAGGUUAUUGUUACCUGCCGUACUGGCAGAGCAACUCAUACGGCAACCUCAGAUCAUAUCCCUCCUCCUCGAUUACUUGCCUCCUGAUCGCUUGGCUGAGCGCGGUAGUAGCGUCAUCACUGAGAGCAUCUCGAGGGGGGACUUGGUGACCAUCCAAGUGUCGAUGACGAAGCUUCAUUAUGCUUCCCUUAUGGGCAUCAAGGGCCGUCUGAGGAUGCCUGCCAGGCUUGCCUUUGGUGGUCAACAGAUGCGUAGUCGUAACGAGGAAAAUACAGUGAUGCUGGGUCGGCUGGUCUCGUUGGCGGCUCAUUGUGCUGUGAAGGCUAAUAAUAAGGAUACGGCACACUUUGAGAAGGGCAAGGGGCUCUUGAACCGAAUGGAGGAGUGCAGGGAAGAGGAGGUCCCUCUGGAGAGAUUUGCCAAGUACGACGGUCCUAGUGAUAGCGAUGCGUGGCUGACUGAAGCUAUUGAGGAGGCUGGCAAGAAGGAAGAUGGGCUCACUGAGGAGGAGCAGAAGGAGCUGCAGGAUGUGUCUACGAGGCUCAACGACCUUAUGGGGAAGGCUUCGGGCAUAUUCGGAAUAGAAAGUCAUGAGGAAGGGAGUGAAGGCUCGGAUGAUGAUGAUAUGAUCGAUGAGAUGCCGGACUCGGACGCUGAGGAUGAGGAGGAGGAGGAGGAUGUCCCCGACGUUGAGAUGAAGAGGUACAUGAAGCAGCUUGAUGAGGAGUUGAGGAUGAGUAUGGGCGCAGAUGACCAUCACGUUGAUGCAAUGGAUGACGAGGCUGUGGACAGGGAGGUCAGCGCUAAUCUAAUGAGGUCGUUGAGGGCAGAGGACAAAGUCAACCCCGGCCCUACCAAGUUGUUACUGGAGGAGGCUCGGAAGGGAGCCCCCAGCAACUCCUCGAGUACUUAUUCGACAUCACCACUCCGACCAUUGGUGACUAGCAGUACGAGUCCUCAGAGGAGCAGUGAGAGGCUACGCAGUCAACUGCUUUCGGUGGGGGAGACCUUCAUUGGCUUUGACAAGGUCAUUGAGGAUGAAGCUGCUAAACGGAGGUCCUCUGAGGAGCACCGAGUGACGGAUUUGGCUGAUACGGUGACUAGACUGGACAAGGCGCUGUCGGAUGAGGUCCGCAGGCGUAGUGAAUCUACUAACACCCUCACCCGAGUGACCGAACAGAUGGCUAACGACAUGCUCGACAGGCUACAGAACGGUAUACUAGGGAAGUUGGAGGAGGUGGCCAAGACGGUGGAGACCCUCGCUUUGCGUACUACUACACUGGAGAGGGGCAUGCUGCAAUUUCGGGGUGAGCUGCCGUCGAAGCUCCUGGUGGAUGCAUCAGCACUCCAAAGGGAGAUUAAGGAGCUGGGGGAGAAGAUGAAGGGCGAACGGCAGGUGUGGGCGGAUAGGGACCAUCGGUUGUCGGAAAGGUCGGAAGAGAUCGGUCUUGGACUUGAACGGAAAGUAGACAAUGAAUGCACUACGUUCGAGAAACAGACCUCGGGUCUGGAUAAGGAGGUGGAAGCUCUACGGAAACUCACAGCUGAUAGUGGUGCUCCCGACCGCCGUGUGACUGAGGAGGACCAGUUCCGAGGCUUCCUUUUGGAAGAGCUCGCCAGUAUCAAGAAAGGUCUACAACUGGAGACCAGAGCUCGAACGGAUGCUGAUGAUGAUAUCAUCGCUGCUGUGAAUCAGUCGGCCGACUCCCUUCAGAGAGGUCUCAGAUCUGCUAAUGUAUGA